AGGAGCCGCACGGUCCUCGAGCGCUGCUGGGGCAUCUCGUUCGGCUCCUACCUAGAGACACCGCAGCCGUCCGGCGAGAUGAUCGGGGUCCUGCUGCUCCUGCUCCUCCUUCUACCCCUUUUCCUGUACAUCGCUGCAUCCCAAAUCAGGAAAAUGCUGUGUAGUGGGAUGUGUACAUCAACUGUCCAGCUUCCUGGGAAGGUAGCUGUGGUCACUGGAGCCAACACGGGCAUUGGAAAGGAGACAGCCAAAGAACUGGCUCAAAGAGGUGCCCGUGUGUAUUUAGCAUGCCGGGAUGUGCUAAAGGGGGAAUCAGUAGCCAGAGAGAUCCAGCUCAUAACGGGGAACCAACAGGUAUUAGUGCGGAAACUGGACUUGGCUGAUACGAAAUCUAUUCGAGCCUUUGCUAAAGACUUCUUAGCAGAGGAGAAACAUCUACACAUUUUGAUCAACAACGCAGGAGUGAUGAUGUGUCCCUACUCUAAGACAGCAGAUGGCUUUGAGAUGCACAUGGGAGUCAACCACUUGGGUCACUUCCUCCUGACCCAUCUGCUGCUAGAGAAGCUGAAGGAAUCGGCCCCAUCGAGGAUAGUGAAUGUGUCUUCCCUAGCACAUCACCUGGGAAGGAUCCACUUCCAUAACCUUCAGGGCGAGAAAUUCUACCAUGCGGGUCUGGCCUACUGUCACAGCAAGUUAGCCAACAUUCUCUUCACCCAGGAACUGGCUCGGAGGCUCAAAGGCUCUGGCGUUACAGCAUAUUCUGUCCACCCGGGCACAGUCAAGUCUGAACUGAUUCGGCACUCGUCCUUCAUGAAAUGGAUGUGGUGGCUUUUCUCCUUCUUCAUCAAGACCCCUCAGCAGGGAGCACAGACCAGCCUGUAUUGUGCUCUCACGGAAGGACUUGAGAUUCUAAAUGGGCAUCAUUUCAGUGACUGCAGUGUGGCGUGGGUCUCUGCCCAGGCUCGGAAUGAGACGAUAGCAAGGCGGCUAUGGGACGUCAGCUGUGACCUGCUGGGCAUACCUAUGGAAUGACAGGUGGUGGCAGGUGGACUCAAGAGAAACCUCCAGCAGACUACUCAGUACUCCCUGCCAAAAUGAUUCUCCUUCAUGAAGGCCAAAACCUCCAGCACAAAGAAAACAAACCUUCCAGGCUUGCCUGCUUGAUGUCUGAUAAAAGCCCAAUGUACACUGCCAGAUUGAUCAAAACACCCUGCAUUAGUCCAGAUUGACUUUGCUCUUGUUACUGCCAGAGUUAAAGGAGGUAUCCUAGGAUAAGAUCUUCAUAUGACCUGCAAACUCCUAUUUGCCUUCUGAAACCUACUACCUGGAAGAAUCUUAGCUAUGGCAGGGUCAAUUUGUGGCAGCUUUGAUUAGUUUCUACCAACUUUGUUAACAAUAUAGUUCCUCCCAGCCACCUGCCAGCUUUUUUUUUCAGGAGGGCCGUAUUGCAGCCCCAGUUCAACUCCCACAGUCAACAGUGGGUUGGCUCAAGAGCAGGGCUCAUCCCUCACCUGCUAAGAAAACCAUCAUAAACCAACAUCUGGAUUCUUCCAGGAAACUCUUAACUGAAUCUGGAUUAUGGCGUGGGCUUUAUCCUCGGCAACCUACAGCCACUGCUGUUAAGACACCUUUAUAUGUCUGGACCACAGAAGAGCUUCCUUUUCUAAGAAGUUUGUGGGGUUGGGAGGAUGGCAGAAAUUUGGGGGAAGGCAGAAAUAAAAAUCAAGUUCAAGCCA